GAAGGUUUGCAUACACAAGGCUUCACACCAGUCGCCAGUUAGUGUCCCCAUAUCUUCCGGGCUAAGUUUCUCCCGGAAUUUGUGGCACGUGUUUCCUGGGGCUUCAGAUACGCUCUACCAGGCUUGUACCUGGGACCCAUGAGCACCCCGUUUUCAGUGCCCAGUCGUAGCAGCUAUCAUGCAGCCGGAUUCCCAGAGGCACCAGAAAAUUCUGGUCUACAGAGGGCUCCCCGUUUCUACCAAAGUCUGGCAGCUCUCGCUCUUCUGAGCUCCCGGCCUUGUAAGAAUCGCAGACCCCCAAAGUCCAGGUCUUCCUGCCGUCUAAACCUGGGCGCCGGUGUCUUACCUGCUCAGCGGACUAGAUGGGCUUUGCACGGGGCGAGAGACUGACUUCAGAGGACAGCAGGCGGGAAGCAGCCACCGGGGCGGGACACGCGGGCGGACAGGGUGUCUAGGGCUGGAGCGCCGCCCCAGAGCCUCCGCGCACACCCGGAAGCGGCGCGAGUGGAGCGGAGCCUGGCGGGCGUGGGAACCCAGGCCCGGCCGAGGUGGCCAGGAGGUGAGAUGGCAGCUGGGCAAAAUGGGCACGAAGAGUGUGUGGGCAGCGCAUACCUGUUUGUGGAGUCCUCGCUGGACAAGGUGGUCCUGUCGGAUGCCUACGUGCACCCCCAGCAGAAGAUGGCAGUGUACAGGGCUUUGCAGACUGCCUUGGCAGAGAGCGGCGGGAGCCCGGACGUGCUGCAGAUGCUGAAGAUCCACCGCAGCGACCCACAGCUCAUCGUGCAGUUGCGAUUCUGCGGGCGCCAGCCCUGCAGCCGCUUCCUCCGCGCCUACCGCGAGGGGGCGCUACGCGCCGUGCUGCAGAGGAGCCUGGCGGCCGCGCUCUCCCAACACUCGCUAUCGCUGCAACUGGAACUGCGCGCUGGCGCCGAGCGGCUGGACGCUUUGCUGGCGGACGAGGAGCGCUGUUUGAGUUGCAUCCUAGCCCAGCAGCCCGACCGGCUCCGGGACGAAGAACUGGCUGAGCUGGAGGAUGCGCUCAGGAACCUGAAGUGCGGCUCGGGGGCCCAGGGUGGCGACGGGGAGGUCUCUUUGGCCCCCUCGCAGCUCCCCGUGCCCUCUCUGUCGGAGGUGAAGCCGCGGCCGCCGCCAACGCCUGCCCAGACUUUUAUGUUCCAGGGUCAGCCUGUAGUGAACCGGCCGCUGAGCCUGCAGGACCAACAGACGUUUGCGCGUUCCGUGGGCCUCAAAUGGCGCAAGGUGGGGCGCUCGCUGCAGCGGGGCUGCAGAGCGCUGCGGGACCCGGCGCUGGACUCGCUGGCCUACGAGUACGAGCGCGAGGGGUUGUAUGAGCAGGCCUUCCAGCUGCUGCGGCGCUUCGUGCAGGCCGAGGGCCGCCGCGCCACUCUGCAGCGCCUGGUGGAGGCACUUGAGGAGAACGAGCUCACCAGCCUGGCAGAGGACUUGCUGGGCCUGACUGAUCCCAAUGGCAGCCUGGCCUAGACCAGGGGUGCAUCCAGCUUUUGGAUAACCUGGAUGGCCCCAGGGUUCCUUCUGCUGCUAUUGCUGAACCCUUGUCCAUCCACGGGACCCUGUGACCCCACCUGGCCUAUCUGCUGGACUUGCUGAGGCAGAGUUGACUGCCUUCCCCAGGAGCCAGACCGGCACCCACCGAGCCCGCUGGGGGUGCACCACUGGGGAUUCUGCCUCAGGUACUUUGAUAGAGUGUGUGGGGGACCUGCUUUGGAGAUCAGCCUCAACCUUCCCCCACCCCAGAAGUGGGACUUACAGCCAGCCCUUACAGUUUCACUUAUGAAGCACCUUGACCUUCAGUGUCCUGGACUUCAUCCUGGGUGUUGCAGAUACUGCAGUGAAGUAAAACAUGAGUCAGUCUUGCCUGCCCCCAGCUCACACUCAGCAUGGGACCCCGAAUGUAAAGCAAUGAUAAAGUGUAGCAUGGUUUUUGAUGUAAGAAA